CAUUUAUUCCAAAAACUGCCCCGCAGAACAAGAAAACAUCUCUCCAGACUCGAAUAGCUAUUCUAUUUUGGGAACAUAUAAAUCGACUCUCUUCUUUGCAUUUCAGAGUUUCAGUUUAGGCCGCUUCAAAUCUAGGUGAUUAAUGACAAAUCAAAGCAUUUCUACAGUUUCCAGUGACAACUGCAUGGCUGUUGUGGUUGAUGUGGCGUAAAUGGAAUCAAAGAUUCUUGUACAGGUGCUUCAAAUACACCAAACCUUUGCCGGAGAUUAAUAAUAGAAUAUUCGAUGGUAGACCCUAAAGCCCCACAUUGUCCAGACAUUGUUUAUAGGCGUAUACAACCGUCUGAUCUUGAAGUUCUUGAACAGAUCCACGGUGAUCUAUUUCCUAUCAGAUAUGAGUCUGAGUUCUUCCACAAUGUUGUUAAUGGCCAUGACAUUAUGGCUUGGGGAGCUGUUGACCGUAGUCGGCCUGGCAGUCAAAAGGACGAACUUAUUGGAUUUGUCACAGCACGUAUUGUCCCAGCCAGAGAAAGUGAGAUCGGGGAUAUGCUAAGAUAUGAUUCCUCUAGGAAAGAACAAAUGCUAGUUUAUAUUCUAACAUUGGGAGUAGUGGAGGCUUACCGAAGUCGUGGAAUAGCUACCUCACUUAUUCAGGAGGUUAUCAAAUGUGCAUCUACCAUUCCUACUUGUCGAGCAGUUUACUUGCAUGUAAUUUCUUACAAUGACCGGGCAAUUCAUUUCUACAAGAAGAUGUCAUUCAAAUGUGUACGGAGAUUGCCAAAUUUUUAUUACAUUGGGGGCCAGCAUUAUGAUUCAUAUUUGUUUGUAUACUAUGUAAAUGGUGGUCGAUCUCCUUGCUCCCCACUAGAGAUUGUCACCACAGUAGCGACAUAUGUGAGGAGCCUGUUCAAGUCUCUGGCUGCAAGGCUGUGGAAGAAUGAAGAGAAAAAGAUAUCAAGAUGGCCCAAAUGUAAAGAAACCAGUGGCCUUUUAACCACCCAAAACAAGAGAGUGCUCACAAUUGAGAGUGCUGGCUGUCAAUGUGUCUAGUAUUGGUAUCCUUUUCGCUGUUUCAAUUGAAGAACUCAAUGGUCAUAUAACAAGUGUUUAACCUUGGUAAGGCUUAUUUGUGUGGCCAAAUCCUUUUCAGUUGGGAUAAUUAUUAAUUGAAUUGAGUUGAGUUUUACCCUAUGUAUUAUUCCUCUUUGGCUGCUGCUUCUAAAUGAUCUCAAAUGUUAUUCAUGCAGGGUGAUCCUCCUCUUGUCCCCUUUGUUAUUCAUUUACUGUAACCCUUUUAAUAAUAUGACACAGUUGUACUACUUCCUUGAGAAUUAUAAUCAAAUGCCUUUAUUGAUG